GGACUUGGCACUAAAGUCCAGUAAGAAUGUGACCAAUCAGCAUACUCCUGCUCUUUGUCCUCGCGGCCGUCAGUCCUCAAAGAGAACCCGCGGCACUCGGCGCUCGACUGCUUCUGUCUGGGCAGUGACAGCCAUGGCGGAACAGGAGGAUAAUGUUACCAUUCCUCACUUCAGCACUCUCCUCCAAAUGGACCCUUACCUCAAGCCCUACCAGAAGGACUUCCACAGGAGGUAUGAGCUGUUCCAAAAGCAGCUUUUCCAGCUAGAAGAGGCAGAGGGAGGUUUCGACCAGUUCACAAGGAGCUACAGGACCUUCGGCGUGCAGCGGCGGCCCGACAACAGCCUGUUCUUUCGGGAGUGGGCUCCAGCUGCAGAGGCCCUCUUCCUCACCGGAGAUUUCAAUGGCUGGGACAAAUUCUCCCACCCGUACGCCAAGCGAGAUUACGGCAAGUGGGAGCUGGUUCUUCCGGCCAGGCAUGACGGCUCCCCUGCUGUGGAUCACAACACCAAGCUCAAGGUGGUGGUCCACACCAAGGCAGGGGAACGUCUCUAUAGGAUUUCACCGUGGGCCAAAUAUGUGACCAAGGAGAACAAAUGUGUCAUCUACGACUGGAUCCACUGGGACCCCCCACACCCGUACAUUCAAAUCCACCCGCGCCCCAUGAAACCCACGCGGCUGAGGAUCUACGAGGCGCACGUGGGCAUCGCGUCUCCCGAGGGCAAGAUCGCCUCGUACAGCAACUUCCGCGACAACAUGCUGCCCCGUAUCAAAGACCUGGGUUACAACUGUAUUCAGAUGAUGGCCGUCAUGGAGCACGCCUACUACGCCAGCUUUGGCUACCAGGUCACCAGCUUCUUUGCCGCUUCCAGUCGCUACGGCAACCCGGAGGAGUUGAAGCAGCUGAUCGACACGGCGCAUUCGCUGGGCAUCGUGGUGCUGCUGGACGUCGUCCACAGCCACGCCUCCAAGAACACCGAGGACGGCCUCAACGCCUUCGACGGGUCCGACUCCUGUUUCUUCCACUCGCCCCCUCGGGGGGUGCACAGCCAGUGGGACAGCCGCCUCUUCAACUAUUCCAGCUGGGAAGUGAUGCGCUUCCUGCUGUCCAACCUGCGCUGGUGGAUGGAGGAGUACAAGUUUGAUGGCUUCCGAUUCGACGGCGUCACCUCCAUGCUGUACCAUCACCACGGGAUAGGAGCCUGCUUCUCUGGGGACUACAGCGAGUACUUUGGCCUGCAAGUGGACGAGGACUCUGUGGUGUACCUGAUGUUGGCCAAUCACAUCCUGCACACGCUCUACCCAGACUGCAUCACCAUCGCUGAGGACGUGUCGGGCAUACCCGCCCUCUGCAGGGACCUGAAGGAGGGAGGACUUGGCUUUGACUACCGCCUGGCUAUGGCCAUUCCUGACAAAUGGAUUCAGAUCCUGAAGGAGUUGAAGGACGAAGACUGGAACAUCGGCGACAUCGUCCACACGCUGACCAACCGGCGCCACACGGAGAAGAGCAUCGCCUACGCGGAGAGUCACGACCAGGCUCUGGUUGGGGACAAAACGUUGGCGUUCUGGCUGAUGGACAAGGAGAUGUACACCAACAUGAGCUCGAUGACUCCCAUGACGCCUGUCAUCGAUCGCGGCAUGCAGCUGCAUAAGAUGAUCCGCCUCCUCACGCACGGUCUGGGCGGGGAAGGCUACCUCAACUUCAUGGGCAAUGAGUUCGGUCACCCUGAGUGGUUGGAUUUCCCCCGCAAAGGCAAUAACGAGAGCUACCACUACGCCCGCCGGCAGUUCAACCUGCUGGACGCCGCGCACCUGCGCUACAGUCAGCUCUACGCCUUCGACCGCGACAUGAACCGCACCGAGGACAAAUACGGCUGGCUGGCCGCCCCCCCGGCCUUUGUCAGCGCCAAGCACCAGGAGGACAAGGUCAUCGUGUUCGACAGAGCCAACGUGCUCUUCAUCUUCAACUUCCACCCCAGCAAGAGCUUUCAGGACUACAAGGUCGCAGUGGAAGCACCCGGAAGGUACAAAAUCAAGCUGGACUCGGAUGAGAGCGUGUAUGGUGGACAUGGACGGCUGGACCACAACACCGAGUUCUUCACUGAGCCGCAGCCCUUCAAAGGCCGCGCUAAUUCCAUCCAGGUGUACAUCCCCUGCAGGACCGCCAUCGUGCUGGCCAAUGAGGAGAUGGAUUACUGUUAUUAGACCACCGCCCUCACAAAUGGAUUCCACCCUCAGACCGAGCGUUAACAAUCACCUUUUGUCUUUUAAAGUGUCAACUCCCGACUCACUUGGUGUCUGCAUGCACCCCCAAACACACACACACACACACACACACACACACACACACACACACACACACACACACACACACACACAAUUGAUUGAUAUUGUUGCAUAACAGUAGCCUUAAUUCUUCAUUAUAGAUCGCUUAUGCAACAUUUUCAUACAAUAAUACAGCGGAACCUCCAUUUACGAACUUAAUUGGUCCUCAAACGGAAAAGUUUGUAUGUAUUCCUUCUUAAACAAUGUCCAUCCAUCCAUUUUCUACCGCUUGUCCCGUUCGAAUAUGAAUAAUUGGUUCCAGCAUGGACAAAAAGUCCAUAUUUUAGUGAAGGUUUAAAGACAAUAUAAAGUGCUAUACAGCACUGCGUAGCAAACAGGGUGGAUCGACUUUAUAUUCAUUAACUAGGUAAAACAACAACGGCAAGCUCAACUGUGCCGCAUGCGCUGCUCUGCCAACGCGCGUGCCCUCACACGCGAUCAGAAAUCCCCCAAAAUCUUUAACUUUACCGUACCGCCACAACAGUUAACAUUUCGAAAUGUAAAAUCCGCGUACGUUGACGUCGGUAGUCCAACAACGGCAAGCUCAACUGUGCCGCAUGCGCUGCUCUGCCAACGCGCGUGCCCUCACACGCGAUCAGAAAUCCCCCAAAAUCUUUAACUUUACCGUACCGCCACAACAGUUAACAUUUCGAAAUGUAAAAUCCGCGUACGUUGACGUCGGCAGUCCAACAACGGUAGGCUAAAAUGUGCCACAUGCGCUGCUCUGCCAACACGCGUGCCCUCACACGCGAUCAGAAAUCCCCCAAAAUCUUUGACUUUACCGUACCGCCACAACAGUUAACAUUUCGAAAUGUAAAAUCCGCGUACGUUGACGUCGGUAGUCCAACAACGGCAAGCUCAACUGUGCCGCAUGCGCUGCUCUGCCAACGCGCGUGCCCUCACACGCGAUCAGAAAUCCCCCAAAAUCUUUAACUUUACCGUACCGCCACAACAGUUAACAUUUCGAAAUGUAAAAUCCGCGUACGUUGACGUCGGUAGUCCAACAACGGCAAGCUCAACUGUGCCGCAUGCGCUGCUCUGCCAACGCGCGUGCCCUCACACGCGAUCAGAAAUCCCCCAAAAUCUUUCACUUUACCGUACCGCCACAACAGUUAACAUUUCGAAAUGUAAAAUCCGCGUACGUUGACGUCGGUAGUCCAACAACGGCUAGCUCAACUGUGCCGCAUGCGCUGCUCUGCCAACGCGCGUGCCCUCACACGCGAUCAGAAAUCCCCCAAAAUCUUUAACUUUACCGUACCGCCACAACAGUUAACAUUUCGAAAUGUAAAAUCCGCGUACGUUGACGUCGGUAGUCCAACAACGGCAAGCUCAACUGUGCCGCAUGCGCUGCUUUGCCAACGCGCGUGCCCUCACACGCGAUCAGAAAUCCCCCAAAAUCUUUAACUUUACUGUACCGCCACAACAGUUAACAUUUCGAAAUGUAUAAUCUGCGUACGUUGACGUCGGUAGUCCAACAACGGCAAGCUCAACUGUGCCGCAUGCGCUGCUCUGCCAACGCGCGUGCCCUCACACACAAUCAGAAAUCCCCCAAAAUCUUUAACUUUACCGUACCGCCACAACAGUUAACAUUUCGAAAUGUAAAAUCCGCGUACGUUGACGUCGGUAGUCCGUUGUGAAACAAGUCCGCUUUGGCAUCUUUUUUUCCCGUAAAAGUCAGUUCUAAUCACAAAAUACAGACUUCCCCUCCGAUCUCUUCGAUUCGAGGAAGACACAAAAUGGCUGCCCAGCAAGACACAAUAUUGGUUGAGUGAAGCAACCCAAAAAGUUUGUCAUUUGAAAAGUUUGCGAUAUAUUGGAACCUUGAGUAUUGGCCUAUAUGGAUAUUGAUCCGAUACGAUAUCAGCAGGAAUCAUACGUCCGUGUAAUUAUUUAGUAGCGUGGAAUGUUUGAUGAAGUGAAAUGAGUCAAACGGAGAACAAUGUUAGCUAUGGAAAACACUAGCAUAUUUAUUAUUAACCGUCUGGAAUGGACUCAGGCUGUCUUUAAGUUGAAGUGGAGAGGUAAUUGUUUAUAGCGACACCUAGUGGUCACAAUAAUUCAUGAAGUUAAGCUCAGUAAGUGUGACGAUGCGGACACGUUUGUUACUGGAUACUUUGUCAUUUGCCUUGGAGACUUUGUAUGUGUAAGUAAUAUGUAACUAUAAUUAUUUGAUUCUUGUUUAUGUUGACAGAUGUCACCUUUUAUUGUUUAAUGAUUAUUACCUAUGUCUAGCUUGUGUGUUGCUGCUAGCUCCUAUAGCCUAGCAUGUUUACCUUUUGUAAAUGACUUUAGUAAAAUAGAAGAAAGUGUGUGCUUAUUGGAGGACAA